CGGCGCCUCCCCGGCGUGAUAGGUCAGGACCACCGCCCCCCUGGCUCCCCAUUGGCUACUCGGCGAAGCCCGGUCUCCGGGUAAGAUGGCAGCGGACGGACAGUGCUCGCUCCCCGCUUCAUGGCGGCCGGUGACCCUCACCCACGUCGAAUAUCCUACAGGUGAUCUCUCUGGCCACCUCCUUGCCUACCUGAGCCUCAGCCCUGUGUUCGUCAUUGUUGGUUUCGUGACCCUCAUCAUAUUCAAGCGGGAGCUACAUACGCAGGCACACAGAGGCCCGGGUGACAGCACAUCUUCCUGGCAGAUUUCAUUCCUCGGGGGCCUGGCACUGAACGAGGGGGUCAACUGGCUGAUCAAACACGUCAUCCAGGAGCCACGGCCCUGUGGAGGCCCCCACAUGGCAGUGGGCACCAAGUACGGAAUGCCCUCCAGCCAUUCCCAGUUUAUGUGGUUCUUCUCCGUCUAUUCUUUCCUUUUCCUGUAUUUAAGAAUGCACCAAACAAACAACGCCAGGUUCCUGGACUUGCUGUGGAGGCACGUGCUCUCCCUGGGUCUCCUCACCGCGGCCUUUCUAGUCUCCUAUAGCAGGGUCUACCUGCUGUACCACACCUGGAGCCAGGUGCUCUAUGGGGGCAUUGCUGGGAGCCUCAUGGCCGUCGCCUGGUUCGCCUUCACCCAGGAGGUCCUCACCCCGCUGUUCCCUAGGAUAGCAGCCUGGCCUAUCUCUGAGUUCUUCCUAAUCCGAGACACGAGCCUCAUUCCCAACGUACUCUGGUUUGAGUACACAGUAACCCGGGCAGAAGCCAGGAACAGACAGCGUAAGCUGGGGACGAAAUUGCAGUGACUGAUGAGUCCAGACCUGGCCUGCGUGAUGCCUUGCAGGAUGGACAGAAUGACAGUCAGAGGGACGAAGCAGAGACCUCUACAGACCCAAGUCACCAAGUGGAGCCUUUUUUUUCUUAUUUUAAUUUUAACGAACAAGGUGGACCAAAGGGCCGAGCCAGCCCCUCAGCCCAGGACCCUGGAGGGCCUGCUGCCAGGGGGCUACACGGCCAGAGACCCUCGCUGUGCUGCUGCCCACCCCUAGCUGGGCGGAAAGUGCCCUUGGCGUAGGCACCGGGGCGUGGUGUAGAGGAGGAGGGCUCACACCUCUGGUCACAGGGCCAGGAAAUCCAGGUGGCGUGAAAAAUACACACUAUUUAUUUUUUGAUUUUGUCAAGGCGGACGGGCUUUUGGAGAUGGGGCCAGGAGGGCCUGCCUGCUCGGCCGCGGUUGCCCUACGUACAGAGGAGGGGCCAAGGUCAGCUUCCCGGGCCCUUUGCCCUGGCCCAGGGGACAGACCGCCUUUCCCUGGGCUAGAGAGGUGGCCUGGGGGCCCAGGAGGAGGGGAGCGCCCCCACGCCCUCCCGGCCACCAAUGCCAUUCCAGAACCUUGUUCAGUGUUUCCUUGUCUGGGGGGGCAGAGCCCCGAGAGUGCGCAUCUGGCGGCUGCUAUCAUUGUGCUCUACCCCGAAUCGACCCUGCACCACAAGGGCUUUCUCUGGUCCCCUGUCCCCAAGACAAUGGUCCCCUUCUGACAAAAGAGCCUGCACAUGUGGGUGAGCAAACCCAGGCUGUUUACAGCUCUUUUUUUGUCCUGCCAUCCAGUAGCAGUUAGCUGUCAACUCCACCCAAAAGUGCAGAGGAACCAGGAGCCAGUGAGGGGAGCAGAGCUGUGGGUACCUAAUGUCUCUGCCCUCCCCUCCCUCCCUCCCUUCUUCUUCUCUCCCCAACCCCUCCUCUUCUUUCCCCUCUCUCUGAACACUCCCUUGUCCUCUCGACACCCUCCCAGAGCCUGGGCACUUGCUGAGGCAUCCUUAAGCCUGUGUCCGGGGUAUGGGUGCACAGAUCCCCACUGUCCAGUGUGGAGGGCGGCUACUCCUGAAGGAACCCAAUCUCUUAAGUCACUCUCAAAUGGAGUAAGAGAUGCUUCCAGACUCCUUGGAAGUUUCUAGAACUGAACCAGGCUGCUUGGGACCUGUAUUCCCUCCCCCCUCAACCCUUUUUCUUUGUGGAGGUUCCUAAUCUGCUGCUGAAGCACAAUAUUUUGGUGCUUUCUUUUCUCAUUUGUUAAAGACAGUCUCCAAAAGCCAUUCCAGAUGCCAGGACCAGGGGCCUAUUUCUGGGGAAGGUUGGUCAGUCCCUACAUUUUCCUCCCCUUCCUUUCUUAUUUUUAUUUUGUACUUUUUGCCUGAGACAAGCCAAGUGUGAGGUGGUUUGAUUUAAGAAAAAUCAAUGAAAUUGUUUACUAUUGUUUUAAAAUAAAAUCUUGAACUCUGGCA